AUGCUUAAAUUGAUCCAUUUUUAUUUCGACUUCGAUUUUUUUUCUGUCUUUGUUCACAGCUGUCUUUUCUUUAUUUUCUCUCUCUUCAUCUAUUCUUUCUCCCUUCAUAGUUUUUCUUUCGCUUUUCUUUCUUUAAUUUUUUCUUUACUUUUUUCUUUUUUUUCUUUCAAAUCUCGUUCUCUCUUAAAUUUUCUAUUUUUUGCAUUUUUUGAAGAUUUCAGAUCUCUUUCGUCUUCGAAUUUUUAUCCAUUUUUUGUUAGUUUUGCUUUUUCGAAUAUACACCCAAAUUUUUUUUCUUUUUCGUAUUUUCUUUUUCUUCAUCGUUUUUUUUUUCAUUUUUCUUUAUUUGCUUUUUGUUUCUUGUAUUUUUCAUAUUUCUUUCUUUCUUUCGUAAAUUGUCGAUGCAUUUUCUCUUCUUUCUUUCUUUCUUUCUUUCUUUCUUUCUUUCUUUCUUUCUUUCUUUCUUUCUUUCUUUCCCAACUAUUAACUCUGCUUUCUUUCUCAACUUUCAUCUCUUCAUUUUUUCUUCUGCUUUUCUUUAAUUCUUUCUCAACUAUCAUCUCCUCUUUCUUUCUUUCUUUCUUUCUUUCUUUCUUUUUCAACUUUCAUCUCUUCAUUUUUUAUUGUUUUUCUUUAAUUCUUUCUCAACUAUCAUCUCCUCUUUCUUUCUUUCUUUCUUUCUUUCUUUCUUUCUUUCUUUCUCAACUUUCAUCUUUUCAUUUUUUAUUCUAUUUUUCUUUCAUUCUUUCUCAACUAUCAUCUCCUCUUUCUUUCUUUCUUUCUUUCUUUCUUUCUUUCUUUCUUUCUUUCUUUCCCAACUAUUAA